AUGGAUCCCAACUUCCACUAUCCCAACAACUCGGCCAACCACAACCUUGGCCAGGGCUACUUUUACGAUACCAACAACAACCUCCCGCAGUCUCCCUACCACCUCGAUCCCUUGUCUCAACGUCCUCAGCACCCACAAUAUUCUGGGCAUUCUCAGCAACCUCAACAUCACCGCCCUCACCAGUCGCAAGCACACCCUCAGCCACAGCCUUACUAUCUAUCAUCUCAUCCCCAAACUCUCACCCAGAACCACCCCCAGAACUAUCAAAAUCGAGCAUACCCUCAAUCCUAUCAGCCUCCAUUGCAACAGCUUCAACAGCCAAUCUAUCAACAACCUGUCCAGCUUCACCCACAGCCACAAAAUCAGCUUGGACCUGGCAUAGUUGAAAUCCCGACGCCUCGACCCCGCUAUCAGCCUGCGACUGUGCAAUCACAACGAGGCCAUCAACCUUCACAGCUUGAUUCCGACGUCAUCGAGGGACCGCCUCAUCGCCGUCCUAUUCACUCCUCUCCGCCACAAGCACAGUACGGCCAGCAAACCCCUAGAGCCAGCCAGCAGGCCAGACCUCAAGUACCGAAGCCAGUCACUGCCCAUCAGAAUACCCCGAAAAGCUCCCAACGACCUCAACAUGCGGCAAAGCUACCUCAACAACAUCUAGGAAAAGACUCUCGAUCCGCCGUUGGUGACGUUCAACACCCCACCCCUGUUACUCCCUCGUAUUCGAAGAAAGAGGAGAGACAGGUAGCAUCCACGAGUAGUUCAAAUACCCCAAAGAUGCCUAGACAGAACCAGUCUCGUGUCCUGAAAGCUGUGGAGGUCAAUGCAACAUCAAGGCAACCUGUUGUAAAGUCGCCGGGCCACCGCGAUCUUCCCAUCGACGUCGAUGAGCUGGAACCAGAUUACCCCUCCCUCCUAUGCGUCCUUGCCGACGACUACCUCGAAGCGGCUCGUAAGCUGCCUGCUCCGACCGAAGAGUAUUACACUCUCAUCGCCACCACGCUCGGUUGUCUUGAAUCAGUCCUAGCCAAUUUCAAAGUACCUCCUCUGAGGGAGGCACAGGUCUCUUUACGCUACGCCCAACUUCUGUACGCGGAAACGGAAAACUACGAUGAGGCAGAGACUAUCUUGGCAAAGGCCAUAGAGCUGUGCGAGCGACACAAGUUUAUUGAUCUAAAGUAUGAGAUGCAGCUCCUCCUGUCCAAGGUACUUUACGAAUCGAAACCCAAAGCCGCUCUGCGAGAUAUCCAGAGAAUGAUCGAUGACAUCGAAGCCUAUAGCCAUACAGUUUGGCUGUAUAUCUUUCGUUUCCAACACGCAAUGUUUUCGUUGGCUUCUAGUGCCCCCGGCGAGAUUCACGGCGCUGUCGUCCAGUUGCAGAAGAUUAGGCGCUUGGCUCAUGCAAGUUCUGACGAUGCCGUCUUUGCAUUUGCUGCUGCUCUUGAAGCUCUUCUGCACCUAUCUGGCUCGAGUCAAGAAGCCGUGACAGCUAGUCAAACGGCGCUGGCACAGGCUCAAAGUUCGCAAUUGAAUACAGAUGUCCAAGGGAUUCCACAGCUCACCAUACUGAUGAAAUUCAUCGACCUUGCCUGCAGCAUCCGAGGAGCCAACAUUAGCCAAAUCGCGGAAAAGCUCGCGGUUAUGCUAGACAUUCUGAGGCGGUCGGUGAGCGAUCCAAAUUGGAGAGAGGAUGGCUUGAUCUAUGUUCCGGUUGGAACGAAGGCUGUAGCUGGUAUGCAACUCCAUGGAAAUGGGAAUCUCAUCAAGAAAAAUGGAAAGUACCAUAUCCCCUUUUCGUGGCUUGGAAAAAAGGAAACAAUGGCCUUGGGCAAUUUGUUCUCGGCAGCGAGUUCAGCUUACAAGAAUGGAUCUGAUGGAGGCAAGGCCGAGAAAUAUGCGGACAGCGGCCUUUCUGUUCUUAAGGCUCUGGGAAUGCCCUCCCUCAAGGCAGGAUACCGAGAGUCCAAAAGACAGUUGAUAUCUCGAAGGCUUGCGGAAGCUGAGUUCUCGUUGCUUCUCGUCUUCUUACAGUGCUCGAAAGGACUUUGGCACGAGGCAAACCAUACCCUAGACAAAGUCCAUGUGAUCUCACAGGAGUUGGGCAACGCUUUUCCGGUCAACAUGAAGUCCUGCCUGCUGUAUCUCCGGGGAGCCGUGCUGCAGGGGACGGGAGAUUUGGCUGGGGCGCUUCAGGUCUAUCAAUCUCUUUCCGACAUCGACACUCCGAACAAAUCACCCUCGGGAGGAUCUAGAUGCUCAAACCAGAUAUCAAAUUCUUACCAUGCAGAGUCCGAUAUAACUCGCCAAUUCUCCAUCCUCGCGAUGAUGAACUCCACCUUGAUCAUCCGCAAUCCAGCCCAUCCACAAAAUAAGCGCCUGUCAUCUUUGAUCAAGGAUCUGGACACCGCGGUUCAGAAGUGCGGAAAUCCAUACAUCAAGUCGCAUUACGCUCUCGUCGAAGCCAUUCUGUCCACAAACCAGACCGCAAAGAAGAACUCUCUGGGUCGCUCGAUGGCCGAAAGCAAAGCAAUUGGUAACGCGCAGACUACGGCAUUGAUCCUCGUCUACAUGCAAGACCAGAUGUACAAGGGCUCGACGGACGACCAAGCCUUGAAAUGCGCCAGGGCCGCCAGCAAUCAAACAGGGAGAUGGGGCCAGCCCAUGUGGAUGCACGUUGCGACCGCCCUGGAGGCCCAGGCACUGGACUUUCAGGGCCGGGUUGUCGAGGCAAAAGAGAAGAUGGCUGCAGCAGAGGUUGGCUGGCAGAUGUUGCCAAAUGGCAUCAAGGGUAUUGCGGAUGAUGGCCCAGCCGGCCCUCCAGAAUAG